AUGUAUUCGUCGAAGAGCUUGGCAUUUCUUCAGUUAAUGAUCAUAUUGUUGAGUGUAUUUCAAUUUUCUACUGGUUCUACUAGAAAUCGAACUAAUCGGAUCAAUACUACAGCUGAACAAAUAGAUAAUAAUACACUUUAUCAAAUAUUGUCUGUUGAGAAGCACGUUGUUGUUUAUUUCUAUGAUCAUGGCCAUCGACAGGAAUCAAUUUAUGAAUUAUUUAAUGAAAUGUCACAUAAAGUCAAUGAAACAAUGUUACCAGUUUCAGUUUUUACUGUAUGUGCUACCUUUUAUGAUGAUAUUGUGGCGAAUCUCAGUAUUUAUGUACCGUCAGUUACGUAUUUUCGUGAUGGUGGAAAGUUUAAAUCCGAGUAUAAAGAAUUAAUGAAAAUCAAUGGAGAUAAUGAUAAUCCGAUGUAUAAAUGGAUAAGAAGAAAAAUUGGUUCACCAAUAAAAUUAUUAAGAAAUAUCAAUGAAACUCAAGAAUUAAUUAAUACUAAUAAAUUAAUUGCUAUCAUAUUUAUGAAGGAUUUCAAUGGAGAAAUAGUGAAAAAUAUUAGCACCGUUGCUGAACAAGCUGAUCAUAUCGCAUAUGGCCUAGUUUACAAUAAAACAGUUUUCGAUCAUUUCAACAUAACAAAUCAAAGCUUAUUGAUAAUUAGAAAAGAGUCUGAAGAUACAGAGCCAAUUAGGUUUAUUUAUUCAGGUGAUUGGAAUAUUGAAUCAUUAGGCUCCUAUUUAUUUAUUGAAUCUUUACCAAUUGUCAAUGAGUUCCAGUAUGUUGAAUUAACUUCUUUUGACAGUGCUACAAUCAAAUAUGAUGCAUAUUUAUUUCUGAUACAAUCUGACUUUGAAUUUUCAUCGGCCUUAAAUAAUUAUCAGAAUGCUUGUAAGCUAUUUAGAAAGCAGAUACGUUGUUAUUUUGUUGAUAUUGCAAACAAAGACAAUUUGAAAUUCAGUCAGCAACAUGGUGUUCAUGUUGGUUAUGGAUAUCCACGAUUUCAAUUGGUAGCCACCUCCAAAAUGAGAUCACCAAUUCGUUAUCGUCUGAAGGGAACUAAAUUUGAAUUUGGACGGAGAGGAUUUAACAAUCCUGAGCUACUGACAAUGAUCAAAUCUCAGGAAAUUAUAGACUUUUUCGACCAACUUCUACAAAAUAAAUUGCCACCUUUCUAUAUAAGUGAAGUUGUGCCAGAGUAUGAUGAAAAUGUCAGUGAUGAUGAUACCGAAAAUAUAGGACAUAUUCCUUUGCCUAGUAUGAUUAAAUCACCACCGAUGAAAUUAAAAUUUAUACAUAAAAUUGUUGGAGCAACAUUCAAAACACUAGCAAAGAAUCCUGAAUGGACAUCUGUUGUUUACUUUACAGCCAAAUGGUGUAUGGGAUGUAAUCGAACAAUUUAUGAAGAAUUUCCUAGACUGUCACAAUAUUAUCAAAAACUUCAGCGACAUGAUUUAUUAUUUGGUUAUACAAAUUACGAUUUAAAUGAUUAUGAAGAAUUGACAGCUACUAAAAUGCCUCGCAUUAAAAUAUUUCCUAAAAAAUCAAACAAACAAAUUGACUAUGAAGGUACGGAACGUUUUGAUCAAAUAAAAGAAUUCAUCGAAACAACUGAACAUACAGUAAAAUAG